GAACCCAUGACAUAAGAUACUUCCGUGCCUUGGCCCGGACCCGGGCCUUCCUCGAGACAGGCGAGAAUUCCACCACUGAACCAUCAAACAAGCACGCAGUGAACGUCAGCACUGGUGGCCCCAUCUUUGGGUACAAAGAACAAGACAGCACACUACGACUAGAAAGGAUUUUGCUCCAAAGUCCCGGACCGGAUAGUGGCGAGCGAUCCCAGAAAGUCGAGGAGUCUAGAAAGGAAGGCCUCCCCACCCCUCCUGCCUGAUGGGUGACAGGCACGGGGAUGGAAACUAAGCUCUUCGAAGAGAGGCUAGACCCCGCCAAGAGCGGGGGGACAACGAAGGAGACAAAUCCCGAAGGAGUCGAUGCCGGAUUUCGUGACCCCACCUCUCAGCCUGCCACUGACUCCCAUCCGGAGGGCUCUUCUUCGCGGACCUGUUCAGCGGGAAAUAACGAGACCCCCUCAGUGCUGGUCAGAGGGUCGGGCAGCAGUAGUCCCCCAGGUGGGGCAUUCCCUCUCUCCCCUUCGGUCAGAGCUGUGGAUUCUCUCAACAUUUCCCCUUGGGAGAGAAGCCUCACCACGCUUCUUCCAAGCGAAUGCCCCAGGGAGAGCCCAGAAAGGGGCCCCCCAACCCACGUCAUCCGACAAGAACCCAGCACAAUCGUUUUUGCCAACUACGAGUUUUUAUCUCCUGCCGUCGAUUCUGCGCCCUGGGGCCCACAGGUCCCGGACGCUGAAGCUUCUCCGUAUGAGUCCGGGGAGGAGGAGGAGGAGGAGGAAGAAGAGGGUGACGAAGAUGUUUUCACCCAGCCAUCCCUUCGCGAACCAUUUGUCCACAGCCUUCUCCCGAGCAUCAUUCCCGCAGUCCAGCCAGAGGCCUGUGAAUUCCCCAAGGAGGGGGAUGUCUGCCUUACUCCGAGCUCUCAGGGGGCUUUGGAGAGAGAAACUAAUGGACGGGCAGCAGAAGAGAAGCAGCUCCACGAAGUGAGCCCACCGAAGGAGGUCUCUGGAUUUUCAGACUCUAUGACCGAUCUCAUGAAGAAACUGGAGCAACUGAAUCUAGAUCUUGAAGAGGCUCUCAGUCAUGGCUCUUCUUCCCAGACAACUUCUUUCAAGAGGCGAGAGCAGCAGUGCUCUGUUAAACUGGAUGCCGAUGAUGACAGAGAUCCUCAGAGGAAGGGAAUUGGUAGAAAUAAGUGGGGAAGCUUCCAGAAGUUAAAUGACUGGCCAAACCCGACUGGAGCGCGCCCCAAAAUUAAAGGACCAUCACGCAAAUGGAGCAGAGAGAGAGCAGAAAUCGAAGCAAAGGAAGCGUGUGACUGGUUACGAGCCGCUGGGUUCCCUCAAUAUGCUCAACUCUACGAAGAUUCACAGUUUCCCAUCAACAUUGCAGCGGUAAAGAAAGAUCAUGAUUUCCUCGAAAAGGACCUUGUAGAACCUCUUUGCAGACGACUGUUCACGUUGAACAAGUGUGCCUCAAUGAAACUCGAUGUGAACUUCCAAAGGAAAAAGAGUGACGACUCCGACGAAGAGGACCUAUGCAUCAGCAGCAAAUGGACGUUUCAGAGGAGCAGCAGGAGGUGGUCUCGCGUGGACGACCCGGACUCGCUGUUCCGCGACUCGGACCGCCAUGGCUCGCUGGGGGACGCUAAGAUGAGAACCACGACGAGCAGCGAGAGCGUGGUGACGGACCUGAGCGAGCCGGAGGUCUCCUCCAUCCACAGCGAGAGCAGCGGAGGGAGCGACGGGCGCGGCCAGGCUGGCGGCGCCGGCCGGGAGGCCUCGGACCGGGGCGGCACGGGGGCCGGCGCCGGGCCGGAGUCGGCCGGUGGCGUCCCGCCGGCCCCCGGAGACGCCACGAAGAACGACAAGUCGGCGCGGGCCAGAACCAAGACUUUCCUGAAGCGGAUGGAAACGCUGCGGGCCUGGGGGACCCCCGACAAGCCCCGCGGGCCCGGGCGGGCGGGCGGCGUGGUCAUCAGCGGGCCGGUCCUUCAGCAGGAGUCGGAGGCCUUAAAGUCCCUGCACUGCGUGCAGCUGGCCAACGGGGAGCUGCGCGGGGCGGCCCCCGGGGGCCCCUCCGCUUCUCCCCAGCCCGGCUGCGACCGCAACCAUUCGGAGAACGGCGGCGGCAGCAGCGGCGAGAGCAGCGGCAGCACCCCGGGUCUGAAGGAGCGCAGGUGCCACGAGGCCGGGAAGCGCGGGGGCAUGUACUUUGAAGGCCUGGAGGAGCUGGUGGGGACCACCCUGCAGCAGCUGAGCGAGCAGAGUCGGGGCGGCGAUUUUCACUCGCAGGACGACUUGGUGGUGCUCGUGCCCAAGGACCACAAACCCGGAACCUUCCCCAAGGCCCUGUCCAUCGAGAGCCUUUCCCCGGCCGACCCCGGCGGCGCCGUCAACUGGAGGACGGGCAGCAUCUCCCUGGGCAAGCGGCAGGGUCCCGGCCGCCGGGAACCCGGGCUCCUGGCUCCCUGCCCCCGGGGGAGCAGGCUCAGCGUCUACGACAACGUGCCCGGCUCCCACCUGUGCGCCAGCACCGGCGACCUCCUGGACCUGGAGCGGGACGAGCUGUUCCCGCCCGUGGACGAGAUCCUGCAGCACAUGGGCGGGCAGCCGGAGGCGGUGGACUGCUGGCCCAAGAGGCUGCUGCCCGAGCUCCAGGACAGAGCCAAGGCGAUGGGGGAGGGCGGCCCGACCCUCCACCCCAUCGCUUUGGAUUUCGAGGGGAACUCGGUGUCCGACGGUCGGACGACGCCCAGCGACGUGGAGAGAGACGGAGCCUCCCUGAACGAGUCGGAGGUGACCGGAGUCAGGGAGAGGCGCGAUUCUGGAGUCGGGGCAUCGCUCACCCGCCCCAACAGGCGGUCGCGCUGGAACAGUUUCCACAUCGCCCGCCUGCCCGCUUACGCCAUCGCGUCCCCGCGCAUCAGCGACCAGACCGCCGGCCAGCUGAAUCUGCUGCAGAGAUUCUCCCUUCUUCGCCUGACCGCCAUCAUGGAGAAGAACUCUCUGUCCAACAAGCACGGCUGGACCUGGGCGGUGCCAAAGUUCAUGAAGAGGAUCAAAGUUCCCGAUUACAGGGACAAGAAUGUGUUUGGCGUUCCUCUCAUAGUUCACGUCCAGAGGACAGGCCAGCCCCUUCCUCAGAGUAUACAACAGGCACUGCAAUACCUGCGCACCAACUGCCUGGACCAGGUGGGUCUCUUUCGGAAAUCGGGAGUGAAGUCUCGAAUCCAGGCUCUGCGCCAGAUGAACGAGAGCUUCCCAGAGAACGUCAGCUACGAGGACCAGUCGGCGUACGACGUGGCCGACAUGGUGAAACAGUUCUUCCGUGACCUGCCCGAGCCCCUUCUGACCAGCAAGCUGGGGGAGACCUUCCUCCACAUCUAUCAGUAUGUUCCCGUGGAGCAGCGGCUGCAAGCCGUGCAGGCCGCUAUCUUGCUGCUCUCCGACGAAAACCGGGAGGUCCUGCAGAUGCUGCUGUACUUCCUCAACGAUGUGGUCAGCGUGGUGGAAGAAAACCAGAUGACUCCCAUGAACCUGGCCGUCUGCCUGGCCCCUUCCCUCUUCCAUCUCAACUUACUAAAGAAAGAAGCCUCCCCGAGGAUGAUCCAGAAGAAAUACGCAACUGGGAAACCAGACCAGAAGGACCUCAACGAGAAUCUGGCAGCUACACAGGGGCUUGCCCAUAUGAUAAGAGAAUGUAACAGGCUUUUCGAGGUCCCGUAUGAAAUGGUAGCUCAGUCUCUGAACUCCUACAUUGAGGCGGGAAUCUGCCCCCCGACGAUGGAGGAGCUGGGCAAGCAACUGGAAGAGGAAGGGAGCCAUUUCCAAAUGUACCUGGAGAGCCUCUCCCAGGGGCUGCAGAAGGAAGCCAAGGACAAGUUCAGAGGCUGGGUCACCUGCUCCAGCAUCGACCAUGCAGAUCUGGCUUUCAAAAAGGUGGGAGAUGGGAACCCCCUGAGGCUGUGGAAGGCCAGUGUGGAAGUGGAAGCUCCCCCGGCGGUGGUCCUGAACCGCGUGCUCCGAGAGCGGCAGCUUUGGGACGAGGACCUGGUGCAGGAGAAGCUGGUGGAGACGCGGGACAAGCAGACGGAAAUCUAUCAGUAUGUGCUGAGGAGCAUGGCCCCCCUUCCCACCCGAGACUUCGCCGUUCUCAGGACGUGGAAGACGGACUUGCCCCGGGGCACGUGCACGCUGGUUGCCAUGUCGGUGGAACAUGAGGACGCCCCGCUCCUGGGCGGCGUGCGCGCGGCUGUGCUGGACUCUCAGUACUUGAUCGAGCCGUGCGGCUCCGGGAAAUCCCGCCUCACACACAUCUGCAGGAUUGACCUGAGGGGUCACUCCCCCGAGUGGUACAACAAGGGCUUUGGACAUCUCUGUGCCGUGGAGGUGGCCAAGAUCAGAAACUCCUUCCAGCCCCUCCUGGCCGGGGGCCCCGAAACCAAAAUCUGAAGCGCUUCCCCCACGAGCAU